AUGAAAAAUAAGAAGAUUAAAAAUAAACAGCUAAAAAGGAACAAUAAUGACGCGACUGGAAAGAAGCAGAAAUUUGUCAAGUUUAGAAGAAUAAAAAAGAUUAAAUUUAAAGACGAAAGGAAAGUGUUCCUUCCGAAGGAAGAGAAUGAAAGGAAAGUGAAGACCCCAUGGAAGAAAAAACUGCGCACCUUUUACAAGAAACAGGAAUUCAAAAAAAAACAGGACAACCAGACAAAUGAAUAUCUAACCCUGGAGAAAGAGUUAACCGGUCAGACAUUCAAUGAGCAAAGACGAUGCCUCUUUGCCAUCCGAAAUAAUGUCGAGUGCGUGUCCUCCUCCCCCAAUACGAUCCUUCAGGAACUCAAACUGACGGACAAGUACCACGGCGUGCUCCUUAUCAACACGGAGGAAAAUAUGAAAAACCUAUUCCUGGUGAAGCAGUACGUAUGUUAUGGGUACAUACAAAAAUACACCUUGUACAGCUUGAUGGAAAAAAAAUUAUUUUUAAAAGAUGAAAACGAGAUAAAACGAUGUGACUCCAAUAAAAUUAUCGAGAAGCUUUUUAGCAAAGAUGGUGUUUAUUCCUUUCCUUCCUUUUGUGAAUAUUUAUUUGAAUGUAAAAAUAAUGCUGACCAAAUGAUGAAAGACCAGAUUGUGCCUUUUGAUUUCUCCUACUUAAGCAGCGACAUGGCGUUCGAUUUCCUGCAAUUGAAAAAUGAACUUGCGGGAUUUGUCAAGGAAGGCAUAAAUGAAAUUUUGGAGAAAAUAAUUUGA